UGCUGGGAAGGAGGUAAAAUGGCCACCGGCGGCGGCGCGGAGGAGGAAAGGAAGCGGGGGCGGCCGCAGCUCCUGCCCGCGGCGCGGCCAGCUGCCCGGGGCGAGGAGCCCGAGGGUGGCCGCGAGAAGCUGGGCUGGGCCCAGGUAGUGAAGAACCUAGCGGAGAAGAAAGGCGAGUUCCGCGAGUCGCGGCCACCACGGCGGGAGGAAGAAAGCGGCGACGGCGCGCUCGGCGCCCCGGCGGGCUUGGCUGCACCGGGCUUCGGUGACUUCCCCCCUGCGGGCCGCGGGGACCUGAAAGGCCGCCGGAGAGACCCCGCUGGUGAGGCGGCAGACUCCCGCAAAAAGAAGGGCACAGCCGAGGCGAGCAGGAGGAAGAAGGCCGAGACGCCGGCCAUGGCGGCCCCGGCCAAACCCAGCACGGCAGAAGACGCGGCCGAGCGGCCCCAUCAGGACGAACAGGCGGCGGCGGCGGGUCCCGCGGCGGGCCCGGGCAAGGGUCGCUUCCUCGUGCGUAUCUGUUUCCAGGGUGACGAGGGCGCCUGCCCGACCCGGGACUUCGUGGUGGGCGCACUCAUUCUGCGUUCCAUCGGCAUGGACCCGAGCGACAUCUAUGCGGUCAUUCAGAUCCCCGGCAGCCGCGAGUUCGACGUGAGCUUCCGCUCGGCGGAGAAACUGGCACUGUUCCUACGCGUCUACGAGGAGAAGCGCGAGCAGGAGGACUGCUGGGAGAACUUUGUGGUGCUGGGGCGGAGCAAGUCCAGCUUGAAGACGCUCUUCAUCCUCUUCCGGAAUGAGACGGUAGACGUGGAGGACAUCGUAACCUGGCUCAAGCGCCACUGCGAUGUUCUGGCCGUGCCCGUGAAAGUGACCGACAGGUUUGGGAUCUGGACCGGGGAGUACAAGUGCGAGAUCGAGCUGCGCCAGGGGGAGGGCGGGAUCAGGCACCUGCCGGGGGCCUUCUUCCUAGGGGCCGAGAGGGGCUACAGCUGGUACAAGGGGCAGCCCAAGACGUGCUUUAAAUGUGGUUCCCGGACCCACAUGAGCGGCAGCUGCACGCAGGACAGGUGCUUCAGGUGCGGGGAGGAGGGGCACCUGAGCCCUUACUGCCGAAAGGGCAUCGUGUGCAACCUCUGUGGUAAGCGAGGACACGCUUUUGCCCAGUGUCCCAAAGCAGUUCACAAUUCCGUGGCAGCUCAGCUCACCGGCGUGGCCGGCCACUGAACACCUGCCAGCCUGCCAGGGUGAACACACAGCCAGCUUACCCCUCUAAGUGCCAAAACUUUUUUUUAAGACCAUUUUUUAUCAUUUUUUGAAGGAUAUCUUUUUAAAACCUACAGGAGACAUCUCUCUCUGCCUUCUUAAACCAAGUUUACUCCAUUUCAGCCAUUUCUGAAUUGGUGAUUCUCAUCAAUAAUGACUACCGAGAACUGUGCAGAUGCGUACCCCCUCCCCUUUUUUUUGGUUUACGGUUUUCUAUUUGGGUUUUUACUUUUUUUUUUUUUAGUUACCCCCCACCCCAUACUUUGUCUUCUCCCCUCGAUAUCCCCCUUGGGCUGCCUUGCUCAUCUUUUUGCCCCAGCACUAGGUACGGGGCCCAGCGUGGGGUAGGCAUUCUUCCAUCAGUGUUUGUUUAAUUGAAAACAGUGUCGGCUGUCGCUUUUAUCAGAAUGUCUACCCUUUGCAGCUCUCCCUCCCCCCUUUUAAUUUGCUGCUUCUAAUCUACGUGGUCUGAGAAUUUGUGAAAUCAGUGUUGUUAGAAGUGUAUGUAAAUUUGAUUCAAUAAGCUCUGAAUGUGGGCAAGGGCCUCUCUUAAUGGCAAAAAAACACGUGGAUUUUAUGCCAGCUCUUUCUGUGGUUCAGAAGCCAUUUUUUAUAGAAUCAUAGAAUCUAGAAUUUUCUUGUUGGUAAGAACCUGAGCGUUGGUGUAGACCAAUUCCCUGGUUUUCCAGCAGGUGAAAUUGGCCCAGAGAGGUUAAAUGACUGGGUCAAAAAACAGUGCUAUUUGGUUCCAGAGCUGAGCCUAGAGAGUAGAGUCCCCUGACCCCAAGCCCGGUGCUCAUUCCACUACCUCUCACACUUCACAACAUUUUUUCCUUGACACUUGAGGGCCCAGAAGAAUGUCUGAUCUCUCCCGAAGGAAGAGCCCAGAGGAAUGCUGAGGUCAUCUGGGGGAGGGAGCAGAGAGAUAAGGUCUAGAAGGGACUUCUGAAAACACAGAAGAUAGGGAAAGGGCCAAGGACCUUACUCCGGGGUGUACCCACCCUGUAAGGUCCUGCAUUUGGAAUAUAGUGUGCCAAGUCCUUUAAGAACCUUACCCAUCCCCAUUCAGUGCCACCAGUAAGAAAUGGGUGCUCCUGAGUAAGGGAACCUACCAAAGGUUUACGUUUGCACCUUAGCCUCCUAGCCAGGAACCCCAGAGAAGCAGCUAGCUGGAGCUCAUUUGUAAUCUCCUCUCAGGAGAAGUGCGGUUUUAACCCAGAAUUAUGAGGUAUUAACGCUAAAAUGUAUCUGCGAAAUAGGCCAAGCACAAAGGCCGGGUUAACCAAGUUACCGACUUAAAAGUAGAAAGGAUAGGACACUGCUUUUCUCUUAGUUUUUGUCUUUCUUUUGCUUUAUGUUUUGCUAUUUCCUUGUGGCUUAGAAUGUCAAAUCGAUUGUUAAAAGUUUGGUUCUGAAUAAAUAUUUAUCUUUUGUAUUGCUAA